UUUGGAGUGUUUACGCACGGGGUGGUAUGUGUCACAGAGGCCCCACAGCGAAUUGUGUUGGUCGGGUGACUCAAAUCGUGUGAAGCACCGGAAACUGAGUAACCGAUGUAAACAACUUUAUGGAAGUGAAUUCAUUAUCCAUUAUUUCGGUUAAAUUGGCAAUUCAGUGUCCGCGUCCAAAGAUACACUUUGCUUUAAGGGAAAAGAAAAAGAUUACGAGCGAUUUUGAUAUAGAGUGAGAUGAAGACGAUGUUCAACGAUGGGCAAAAAACAAUACCAGUAAGCUGCGGGAACAUGUUAUGACUAGGCAUGUUAUCGUCAUCGAACUGAGAAUUGGCAGGAUUGUGUAGAACUCAGCGAGACAGCUAUCGCCCCUUUUAUACAACAUGUUACUUCGUUUCUUGUUAAGUUUGCUAACUUAAUCAGAAACAUUUUGGUAAACUUAGGUCUAGUUGUUUGGAGAGGGCGGUGGAGACAAUCUUCAAACAAGAAAGGCACAGGAGCGUAUAUUGCUCUAUGUCUACAGUUGUGACAGCUGCGGAAGGUUCAACGCAAACAGCGCGGUAUAGACGUUACAUUUUAACAGCAUGAAGUCGAACAAACAGAGAUACUUAAAGAGGUCAAGAUCUUAGGCAGACCCUUGAAAAUAAAGGAAACUGAACAUCAUUUUUCUUGAGUUGUUAUCUAAGCAAACAGUUACAAUUGAUUUUUAAAUUUUAUUCAAAACAAACAACGUAGCCGGAAAUAUAUUAGCUGAAGGUAAAUUAAUUGAUUACACCAUUUGGGAGGCUUAUGAGAAAAAAAUCAGAAAAAAAUCGAUGUUCUCUCUGGAUAUAACACGACAAUUUGGAGAAAACGGCUUAGAAAAAAUACUGGAAACACUAAAUUAGCCGAACAUGAGGCAGAACUGCAAAUAAAAUCCUCCGAGCAAUUUUUGUCUCAUGAUAAAUAGAACUAAAAUUCAUGCACUCACUUGAAACAUGUUCUCUAGCCUGCGAACAGGCUCCCGGCUUGGAGGAGCACGUCUGAUUGAACGGGGAGCCUGUUCGCAGGCUACAUGUUCUCCAGUCCUCAGCACAUUCUACCAACACAUUAAAUCUGAGGACUGAAUAACGGCGAACCCAGGAGAAACCUCUGUAGACAUUUAGAGAACGGUGCUACCAGAUAAGGAGAGCGAAGAGUUUGAAUUUAUGUAAUAUCGUUGACCACAAACCGACUGUCGUCGCCUGCAGAUGUCAAAUGUGGCAGCGUCUUUUACCAUAUCCAUUGCAAGCAUUGCACUGAGGGAACUAUAGCCUUUGCUAGAAUCAAACAUGGUACAUUCCCAUUAGUUCCGACUUGACCAUUAUAGAAGAAUUUUAAAAUUGGCAGUUUAGUGUAUCUUGCAUUAAAUAUGGCCGGCGCAUUUGAACUCUUCGACACUUCUCGGACGUUAUCGAAGGCAGCUUCAAUCGGCAUAUUCCAACCUGACUCAUACUCCAGUAAUGAUACCAAUUGAUUCGACAGAAUAGUAUAUCAUUUCAAGUUUGCUUCAGAUGAUAUAUAAAAUAAAUGAUGCUUAGAUACUACUGCUACUCUGCGUGCCCUUUGAUACAGCUUCCAUAUUUGGUAUACGCAAAAGUCUGAAAAUAAAUUUCCGGAAAUGUCUGCUUUCGACACACGGGAUGUUAUCACGGCUAGACAAACCAAAUUAACUGAAACGUAUCAAAUUUGUUAUUGAGAAUAAUUGUCUUAGAAAAACAAACUCUUGUCGCCGUUAAACUACCUGUUUGGUCGGUUAAGUAUGUUUUAAUCUCAUGAUGGGCAUAGUAAGCUUCCGAAUAACACACUGAUCACGCGCGGGCGAAUUUGGUGGUACAUUUCAUUCUGGUAUAAAUAGCAUAUAAGUACUUUAACUUCAACACUAAUAAAAUGUAUUGUAGAGGUAAUGAAAAAUUUAUUUACGCUAUUGAUAUAACUUUUGGCAUAAAUGAAAGUAGAUUUUCUGGUAAUGAACUGCAAAAGGUGUACUGUUUUCCGUCCUAUUGUUUUGCCAGUGGUACCAAACAGUGAAAAUUGGGGCUCUGACUUUGGGUCACAGCGCAGCAUCUCGCGUGUCAAGUUGGAAGAAAACGCACUUAAGGGUUUUUCAAUGACUAUCAAAAUAAAAAUAUAAAAGGAAUCUUCAAAAUGAUGGCUUUUUUGUCUUGAGGAGGUCGUUUUAAAACUUUUCUUUUUGUUUUAAAGUGCCACUAUGAUCAAAAUUUCGCAUUGCCUUUUCUUUCUACUUCUGGUAACUAGAAGUAAGAACACUUACCAUGCCAAGUUUAAUCGCAAAAUUCGCACGGAAAGUAUGAUUAUUUCAACCUUGUUUUUCGGUUUUGGUCGCCCGCCAUUACCCAAUUCAAAAAUGGCCGAGUGUGGCCAAAAGAGGUGGCACUAGUUGGAGCCUUUCGGAGGUGACGUCAUUGCGCAGCUCGACAAACCAACGUGGGUAAUUUUGUAUACUAUGUCUGCGGAAAAGUGAGACGUAUUUGGAAAGCAUAAUUUGCGAGCAGAAUGCCUCCAAGCCGUUGUGUCGUGCAAGAUUGCGACAGGGUGGCCGACAAACAGUUAGGAAUAUCUGUUCAUACCUCUCCUGGUACAGGAACCGAGCGUGCCAUGUGGAAAAGAUUCGUCAGCCAGCAUAGAAAGCAUUUUAAGCCCAAUGGGACAUUUGGGAUUUGCUCACUUCAGUUUACCGACGACUGCUUCACUCGUUCGGUACAGAUAAAAGGGACAGAGAGACGACUAAAGCCAGGAUCCGUCCCAAGUAUUUGGAAAAAAGGAUCUGUUUUUCUCAGUGAAAGAACUCGUCAUCGGUUAUUGAAUGAGAUUAUGAGAGAACAGAGUCAAGAUGCAAAUAUAGGGCCAGAAGCAGUUGUAUUAGAGGAAAAUCAGGUGAUACAGGUGAAUGAUGAACUGCAAGGUGACUUAGGGUUGCAAGCUGUUGGGUGCGUUCAGACCACUGAGGCGGAUGAGGCUUGGGCAGAGGUGACACAGGUGACUGAUGAGGGGGUUCAGGACGAGGAGUUAAUGCUGGUGGCUGAUGAUGGAGCUCAGGCAGAGGUGAUACAGCGAACUGAUGAGGUUCAGGCAGAUGGGGUGUUAUUGGCACAGGUGGCUGACGAGGAAGUUCAGGACAAAGAGGUGAUACUGGUGGCUGAUGAUGGACUAAUAACUCCAUGUGAAUCAUGCAGGGCAAUGAAAGCAGAAUUGACUCAGCUGAAAGCUAAGGUGACCCAGUUUAAGAACAAACUUUCCUCCAACCAAGAGCAGUGGGUUCAAACAUUCAAAGGGAUUCAAGAGCAGAAUCGUCUUUUUAUGGUCAAUACUGCUGUCCAAACCGAGCCAGUUGUUGAAACAGAGGAUACUAGCCCAACAAAGUCUAUGGAUCAACCAACUGAACAGGACGAAGAUUUUGAUGAAGACGCAACUGAUGUCAAUAGCACUACCUAGCAUGAUGAUGAUGAUGACCCUACCUGGGACCCUGAAAAAAUUGAUAGUGACUAUCAAAAAGUUAAAGAUGAAGAUGACAGUGGCAAAAUACAUGAAAAC